AACCGUGUCGUCUUCGCCUUCCAACUUUUCAUUCCCUCUCCAAAAAACCUCUCAAUUCCCAAACCCAAACAAUCCCAAUUUUUCUCCAUUUGCAUUCAAUGGAAUCUAUGAAUUUAGUCAAAGGCUAUGGCAAAGUCAACGCUUCUGAAGAUCCAUCUUCUAUCCCCACUCGCAGAGCCGCCCACAAACGUCGCCUCACCAUCGCCCUCUCUCUCACUCUCUUCCUAACUUUAUUCAUCUGCGCAUUAGUCGGCGCGUUCAUUCACGCGUCCAAUCCCCAACACCCCACACCAUCAUCACCCGACUCCCUCAAAAUCGUGUGCGCAGUGACUCAGCAUCCCGGGUCAUGUUUUGACUCCAUUUCUUCCCUCAACACCAACCCGCCCAAACCCGACCCGGAAUACUUCCUCAACCUCUCUCUUCAAGCAACCGUUAAGGAAUUAACGAACAUCACUCUGUUGCCAAAAACUUUAAUCUCGGAAGUCAAUGACCCGGGAACCGUAUCCGCGUUGAAAGACUGUAUUAGCCUUUUUGAUGACGCGUUGAGCCAACUCAACGAGUCGGCUGAGUUAUUAAAUGUGGGUCCCGGUGAGAGUGCAUUGACUGUGAUGAAGGUGAAUAACAUGCAGACGUGGAUAAGUGCGGCGAUGACUGAUCAGGACACGUGUCUUGAGGGAUUGGAUGAGAUGGGAUCGCCGUUGGUUGGGGAAGUGAAAGCGAGGGUGCAGAAUGCUAAGGAGUACAUGAGUAACACCUUAGCUAUUCUCAGUAAUAUGCCUAGCCUUCUUCAAAAGUUUGGCGUCACUAUGCAUUGACGCUUCAAAGCUGUUACUGUGAGUUUAACAUUUCCUUUUCACAACUUGUACCUUAUUUUUUUUUUGUCCAUUCUGUAUUAUUGUACGACCUUUUUUCCCCUUUUUACUGUGGCUUAUACAUUAUUGCUGGUGUAACUUCAUCAAACUAGUUAAAUUGUAAAUUUUGAGUUGAUGUGUGCUCUUUAAAAUCA